AUGGCUUACAUGUUCCAUGAAGAUGACCAUGGUGAGGCCAUUGCGGAGGUCACAAAACCUGGUCUUGAGCCUUAUCUUGGUCUUCACUAUCCGGCCACUGAUAUCCCUGAAGCUGCUAGGUUUCUUUCCAAGAAGAACAAAGUACGAAUAGUUUAUGAUUGUCGAGCAAAUUCUGUGAAGACAAUAGAAGCUAAAGGACUCCCCUUUGAUAUAAGUCUGGCCGGCUCAACUCUUAGAACUCCACAUAGUUGUCACCUUGAGUACAUGGAGAACAUGAACUCAAUUGCAUCACUUGUCCUGGCUGUAGUAAUAAAUGGAAAUAGAGAGGGUGAUGAUGUCAAGCCUGAAGAACCUCCAAAAGAACUCAAGAGUAGGAGACUAUGGGGUCUCCUUGUUUGCCACCAUGGGAGCCCAAGAUAUAUCCCCUUUCUAGUAUGGUACGCGUGUGAGUUCCUGGUAGAAGUAUUCGUUGUCCAUGUGAACAACGAAUUUCUGUUGGAGAAGCAGAUACGAGAGAAAAGCAUACUUGAUGUACAGACAAUGCUCUCUGAUAUGUUGUUCCAUGAAGCAUCUCCGCUGAGCAUCAUAUCUGGGAGUCCAAAUAUCAUGGACCUUGUUAAAUGUGAUGGUGCUGCUCUUUUGCAUGGUGACAGAGUAUGGCGGCUAUGCAUAACUCCAACGGAGCCUCAAAUACGUGAUAUAGCCUCGUGGCUAUCAGAGGUUCAUAUGGAUUCCACCGGUUUGAGUACUGAUAGCCUUGUUGAUGCUGGAUAUCCAGGAGCAGGUUCCCUUGGUGACAAGAUUUGUGGAAUGGCAAUGGCUAAGAUUGGCCCAAAUGAUAUUGUUUUCUGGUCCAGGUCACAUACAGCUGCUGAUAUCAAAUGGGGUGGUGCAAAGCAUGAUCCAUCUGACCAGGAUGAUAGCAGAAGAAUGCACCCUAGGUCGACGUUCAUGGCAUUCCUCGAGGUUGUUAAGAUGAAAAGUAUGUCGUGGAAUGACUAUGAGAUGGAUGCCAUCUGCUCAUUGCAGCUCAUACUUAGAGAUAGGAUGAAUGGUGACCCAAAACCAACCGGGGCAGCUGGUUUAGAUAACCCGCAGAUUGAUGACAUCAAACUUGAUUGUCUUAAUAAAUUGCACAUGGUUACAAGUGAAAUGGUUCAUAUGGUGGAAGCAACAAGUCCUCUAAUCUUGGCUCUAGAUGUUAACGGAUUACUCAAUGAAAGGAACCAGAACAAUGCUAUCAAGUCAGCCAAGGAUUCUUUCGAUGCAAAUGGAUUGGUCAGUGGAUGGAACCUUAAGUUAGUGGAGCUGUCAGGAUUGAUAGUGGAGGAGACUGUAGGAAGGCACAUACUUACCCUGGUAGAGCAAUCAUCUUUACCAGUUGUACAGAAAAUGCUAUACUUGGCUCUGGAUGGCAAAGAAGAGAAGGAGGUUCGAUUUGAAAUGAAAACUCACAGUUCGAGGGCAGAUGAUGGGCCAGUUAUCUUGGUUGCAAAUGCUUGUUCCACCAAUGAUAGUUAUGGCCAUGUAAUUGGGGUGUGCUUUGUGGCCCAAGAUAUGACUGUUCAUAAGCUGGCCAUGCUCAAAUUUACUCGGGUUGAUGGAGACAACAAGGCAAUAAUUCACAACCCAAACCCACUCAUUCCUCCUAUAUUUGGUGCUGACCAGUUUGGGUGGUGCUCCGAGUGGAAUGCCGCCAUGACUAAGCUUACUGGGUUCCAUAGAGAUGAGGUGCUCGUUAAGAUGCUUGUUGGUGAAGUCUUUGACAGUAUCAAUGGCUCUUGUCUUUUGAAGAAUCAUGAAUCAUUUGUACGCCUUCGCGUCAUUAUCAGCAGUGCGCUGGCUGGCAAACAAACAGACAAGGCUACAUUUGGUUUCUACAACAGAAAUGGAAAGGACAUUGAAUGUAUUCUGUCGGCUUAUGGAAAAUAA